AUGAUGUCACGUACCAUUCGCCCUUUGGCAGGGCUCAUGUUGAUCAGCGGGCUCAUCGCCUCGGCAUCGGCCGCAACUACAGAGGAAUGGAAACUCAGGUCCAUAUACCAGACGAUGACGGAUCGUUUCGCUCGUACAGAUGGAUCCAUGACAGCACCAUGCAAUACCACGGAGGGUCUUUAUUGCGGAGGAACAUGGCGAGGAACCAUUGACAAACUCGACUACAUUCAAGGAAUGGGAUUCGAUGCGGUGAUGAUCUCUCCCAUCAUGGAGAAUAUCGAGGGUCGAGUCGAGUAUGGCGAAGCCUACCACGGCUACUGGCCCUUGAACUUCAACAAACUCAACCCCCAUUUUGGAACACAUCAAGACUUGCUCGACUUGAGUGCCGCUCUCCAUGCCCGAGGCAUGUACUUUAUGAUGGAUACCGUCAUCAACAACAUGGCCUGGAUCACAAAUGGCAGCAAUCCCGCCACACACAUCGACUACUCGGCCCUUGAACCCUUUAAUAACGCUGACUAUUACCAUCCUUACUGCAAGAUCAUAGACUGGAAUAACAUGACGGACGCGCAGAGAUGUCAGACAGGAGAUCUUAUCGUGCCGCUGCCAGAUCUUUACACGGAGCACGAAGAAGUCCAACAGAUGUUAAUCAAAUGGGCGAAAGACGCCAUCAAGACAUAUUCUAUUGACGGGCUCCGGAUUGAUGCCGCCAAGCACGUCAACCCAGAUUUCCUGCAUAACUUUGCUGUGGGUCUGGACAACAUUUUCAUGACAGGAGAAGUUCUUGAAGGGGCUGUCAGCAUCAUGGAAGAUUACCAGACCAACUACAUCGCCAGUUUGCCAAACUAUCCCAUCUAUUUCGAAAUCCUAGAUGCUUUCACCAAAGGCAAAACCUCCGAGUUGGCAAAAGCAGUGGAGAACAUGAGAAUCGCGAUCCCAGAUGUCAAUGCUAUGGCCUCUUUCUCUGAAAAUCACGACAAGGCUCGAAUUGCUAGUUAUUCCAGCGAUAUUGCGACGGCCAAGAACGUUCUCGUGUUUACUAUGCUGUUUGACGGAAUCCCGAUGAUCUACCAAGGCCAAGAGCAACAUCUGGCCGGAGAUGGGGUACCUCAUAACCGAGAAGCCAUCUGGCUCACCAAAUACGACACCGAUGCGGAGCUUUACAAGCUCAUCGCAAAGCUGAAUCGUCUCCGGAAACACGCAUCCUUGUUGGGCUCAGACUACUUCGACGACUCAACUCACCCGAUCUUCCAAGGCGGCAGUGAGCUUGCUUUCACAAAGGGUGUCCAGGGUCGACAAGUGAUCAUGGUGUUGUCCACUCAACACUCGACCAGCAAACCCUACAGCAUUGACAUGGCAGUCAGCUAUAAUGCUGGCGUGCCCGUGACGGAUGUGCUGGCCUGUAAGAACUAUACUGUCGAUAGCGAGGGCACGCUUCGCGUCCCUAUGGACAAGGGAGAACCCCGUGUGUUCUUCCCCACGCGCUACAUGGAAGGUAGCGGUCUUUGUGGUUACAGUGAGACGAACGUCACCCUCGCGAUGUUGAAGACUCAGAGUGGUUCGACCUCUGGUGCAAUCCAAGUUACCAAUGGUACCGGUCUAGCUACUCUCCUGCUAGCAAUGGUGACCAGCAUAUUUGUGACGUUCCUUUGA